UAUCUAAAACACCCAUGAAAGACUCCGUCCCCUUUUUGAUGAAUAUGGAGCGUCGAGGGUGGAUAGCGGGGAUGUCGGAAUCCCCUUCCUUGCCUGCGUCAUCCAUUUCCCCCUUCGCGCGCUCUCUCUUGGCACGGGAUUGGAACACAUCUCCGAGACAGAGGCAGACAGGCGAAAAGGUAGCAAGCGGCGGUAGUUUGAGACACGAUUAUGAGUCGAAGCCCGUCCAUGCCAUCGUGGCCUUGGAGAUGCUCAGGCGCGCGGAUUCGAGGCGGUGGCAGGAGUCGCUGCAGGUGCUGAGGAGGCUGUGCGAGUGUGCCGGGCGGCUUGAGGCAAAGGGAGUGGGCGUAUCGGCCUUGGAACGUGCCAUGCCGGCCUUCGAGCGUGUGAUCAGUGCUGCUGUCAAAGCUGGCAAUUUAGAGGCUGCCAAAGAUUUGUUAAAACGUCUUGACGCUCGCGGCAUGUGCCCGUCGGCGCGAUCCUACAAUGCGCUUCUGUACGAAUACGCCCGGACUGGGCAGGUUUCCGAUGCACAGACCUUGUUCGAGGCCAUGUGUGCGGCGGGAAAGGGGAGGCACGAGGACAAUGCCGCAGGCGGUGCAUUUCAUGGCCCUGUGCCUAGUCGGGUGAACUACAACACUAUGUUGCUGGUCUUGGCCAAGACGGGGGCCUUCGAGGACGCGAAAGCCUUGGUGCGAAGCAUGACGCCGCCGAGGGCACCGGCGCCGGACCUUGUCUCGUACAACACCGUCUUAGCGGCCGGGACCGCUGCGAGAGAUCCGAAGGGAGCCCGAGAUUUCUUCGAGGAGGAAAUGGUCAAGAAAAGGAAAGUGCGUCCGGACGAAGUGACUUACAUAACAUUGCUGUCAGCCUGGCAAGCCAUGGCGCGGGGGUACGGCCGAAGCGAAGACGAGGAGUCGCAUAUCACGGGACACGUACCACAUGCAUCGCCAAGGCUUAAAAAAGACGUAGACUCUGAUGAAGUGUGGCUGCAGACAUUAGCCCUAUUCAAGGACUUGGAGAACGCUGAGGGCGGGGCGCCCAAUUUGAUGGCUUUCAAUAUCAUGAUGGACAUUGGCUGUAAAACUGGGCAUGUCGAUG